AUGCCUCCAGAGGCCAAAAAACGCUGCCGCCAUGCACCUUCUUGCUAUAAGUUCUUGUCUCGCUCUCGCAGGGAGAAACACUACGCCUCUGCAGACCCCAAUGAAGCACUAUGCUCUGAUUUCGGUAGCUCAGACUCAGAUGCUGAGGAUGAUUCACAGCUUUCUUCCAUGAUCAUCCAGGAUGCAGCAUCACACUCCUCCCAUCGUGCUGACGAGUCAUCCGAGUCUAGUUUAGAUGGUACCUCUUCUGACGGGUCUGCUACAUUGGAGGCUCAUGAUUUGUAUGAUUUCAAUGAGGAUGACGUGGACCACCAUACCAUCAUGACUCUCAACACCAUGAUUCUUGAGCUAGAGGAUUGGCGAGGUCCGAUGAAGGCCAAAGAGACGCAUGAGCUCUGUAUGUAUUUAUAUUCAAAUACGAAUGCUAAUUCUAAUGUAACCUAG